AUGGCUUCAAAAUCCGAGAAGAGGGUUGCCUCAUCUGUCUUUAUCACCCUGGCACCCCCUCGCCGAGAUGUGGCUGUGGCCGAGGAAGUGAGGCGGGUGGCUUGUGAGGCCCGGCCUGGCUGCCCCAGGGAGUCCUCUGCCCCCAUGAAGGUACCCGGGGCCGGCUCGGCAGGGAGGCCCAGCCCCUGGAGACCCCUUGGCAGGACUGUGGCAUUGGUGCCAGCUGUAUCACCUCAGCUCUCCAAUGGAGGGUGUUCUCUCCCUCCUCCUACCCUGGAUGGUGAGGACCCACUUCCUGACCUGGACCUCCUCCCACCUCCUCCACCACCCCCACCAGCAUACCUGCCUCCUCCAGAUGAGGAGCCCGUUGGCCCGGUAGGGGCAUCACUCGUCACGGACCUAGAGCAGCUGCACCUGCCACCACCCCCGCCGCUACCACAGGCUCCAGCAGAGGGGCUUCCACUCCGGUCUCAGCCGGGUCACUUCAAACCUGCAGAAGAGAAGCUGCCGCCUCCCCCAGAAGAGACUGUUGGUGUCCCCGAGAGAGAGGCAUCCACAGACAUCUGUGCCUUCUGCCACAAGACCGUGUCCCCCCGAGAGCUGGCCGUGGAGGCCAUGAAGAGACAGUACCACGCCCAGUGCUUUACGUGCCGUACCUGCCGCCGCCAGCUGGCCGGGCAGAGUUUCUACCAGAAGGAUGGGCGGCCCCUCUGUGAGCCCUGCUACCAGGACACCCUGGAGAAGUGUGGCAAGUGUGCAGAGGUGGUCCGGGAGCAUAUCAUCAGGGCCCUGGGCCAAGCCUUCCAUCCCAGCUGCUUCACAUGUGUGACCUGCGCCCGGUGCAUCGGGGAUGAGAGCUUUGCCCUGGACAGCCAGAACGAGGUGUACUGCCUGGACGACUUCUAUAGGAAAUUCGCCCCUGUGUGCAGCAUCUGUGAGAAUCCCAUCAUCCCCCGAGACGGGAAGGAUGCCUUCAAAAUCGAGUGCAUGGGGAGGAAUUUCCAUGAAAACUGCUACAGGUGUGAGGACUGCAGGAUCCUCUUGUCUGUUGAGCCCACCGACCAAGGCUGCUACCCCCUGAACGACCACCUCUUCUGCAAGCCAUGCCAUGUGAAGCGGAGUGCUGCAGGGUGCUGCUGA